AAAAUUUCUUGGAAUUAAAUGUAAACAAUCAAUAAAAAAUUUAAAUAAAAAUAAUAAAUGUACAGUAUUUACUCCAAUUAAAAAUGGUUUUAAAAUUCAAAUUGAUUUUGGCGGUCACUAAAUAAAUUAAUUAUGUAUAAUUUCAAGUGAUAUUUGUUAAAUUUGUUUAUUUAAAUAAUUAAUAAAUAUAAUUAUUUAAAAAAAUAAUUAAAAUGGCAACUGUUAAAGUUACUGAGCAAAAGGUUAUACUGUGUGGGGAAUAUGGUGUCGGAAAAACGUCUAUUUUUCGACGAUUUGCGAACAAUAGUUUUGUAACGAGUACUGACAGAAAGUCUACACUUGGUCUUGAUAAUAUUGACAAAGAAUAUAUGGUCGAUGAUCGACGUAUUCGAUUGCAACUAUGGGACACAGGAGGUAUGGAAAGAGUCGCAUCUGUGACGUCAAGUUAUUAUAAGUUUGCAGAAGCUGCAAUUCUAGUCUUUGCCCUUGAUAAUGCAACCUCAUUUCAUCUUCUAUCGCAACACUUACUCGACAUUGUCACUUAUGCAGAAAACGCUAAGAUAUUUUUAUGCGGCAAUAAAAAUGAUAUCGAAACUAAUGAUCCCUUAGUAACUGAUGCUGAGAUGGAACAAUUCUGUGAGCAAUGUCAUAAUUUGAUAUCAGCAACAUAUAAAACAUCAUGUAAAACCGGGGAAGGUAUAAAUGAGAUGUUUGAAGACAUAGCUCAACAUUUAGUGGAAGCGAACAGAUCAAAGAUGGGCUUACAUGAAAUGGAUGAUCACUUUAAAAUUUCAUAUAUCGACGAAGCCAAUGAUCCGUCCUGCUUAUGCUAG